AUGCCAUGCGAGCGCCGUUAUGAAGAUGUGUCUAUUAGAGAUGUGAAGUUUGAAUUGAAUACAUCGAGCCUUUCUUCGAAUUGCGAACAAACAAAACAAAAACAAAAUGAGGAUAAACAAGCGGUGAAAACAGAGAUAUCUGCUGUUCUUAAUACGCUGCAAGACAUUGAGAGCACCAUCAAGAAGUUUCGUGAGACCAUUGAUCAAACGAAAAAUGACAAAAUUGUGAAGAUCCUCAACUCAACGAAAUUGGAAAUAAUCGAUAUUUGUAACAGCAAAACAGCGAGAGAAUCUCAAAAAUAUGGCAUGACAACUAGCAACAUCGGAUUCGGUUUGGCUGAGAAGCAUAGAAAGAAAGAAAGCUUAAAAGAUUUGGGAUACAGUUUUGAUUCUGAUGGGAAGCUUCGGCGAACUUCUAAUGGAGCGGAUUUCAAAUACACGUCUCAAAUCGAAUAUGAGAGGCUGGGACGUGCGAUCACCGAGCACAUUUAUGAGAAAAUGGAGAAUGAGUUGGGAUUGAAGAAGAUGCCGGUGAUUGACCAACAGGUCGGAAGCAAUUGUCCCGAUGACACCGGGUUUGUGUUCGUCUCAAGGAAUUACGAGAUCACAGAGACCUUGCUUGUACUGAUCAAUGGAUCGGGAGCCGUUCGGGCUGGCCAAUGGGCGAGAAGUGUGAUUAUAAAUGAUAGUCUGGAUAAAGGGUCCCAAUUGUUUUAUAUCAAUCGAGCAAUAAAGAAUAAUUGGGGAGUUGUGGUAUUCAAUGCGAAUCACAAUUGUGACGAGCAAGGACGCCCUUUAAAGUAUAGCAGAACCCCAUCGGAACAUGCAAUCAAUGCUUGGAAGUAUAUUGUGCAGCCGGCCAAAUGCCAAGAAAUUUAUGCUGUUGCUCAUAGUAGCGGUGGAAGCAUCUUAAAUUCAGCGAUUCUCAGAACCAAUGAUCAGCGUGUUCGCAAAGUGUGUCUCGUCGAUGCCUACGGAUUCACGCCAUCUGAUAAGAAUCAGCUUGUGGUGAAUUUCACAACGCGUUCGGUGAGUAAUUAUGGCAACCGUAAAAUAUAUUCGGGAACCGAUUCUCACUUCUACACGACUUAUUGUUCGAGAAACGCUGUGUUCCACAUCUUCGAAACUCAAACCACGCUCAAUAAUUAUUCGAACGUUAUUGAAGACGCCUCGAAAAUGGUAAUUCAAUUCAAGGCUCCCAGUUUUAGCAAAGCUUGGCAACAUUAUUAA